AUGGAGAAAGAAGCAGAGGUCAUCAGCCUUGCAAAGACCAUUACCCAGUCGACAGAAUCCCUCUGUCGACUUCUCACCGAGCAUGGCCUACCAAUGCCAUCUCUCGACACCACUCCCCAGAGCAUCUUUAGCCCUCAGGCUAGCACCGCCGAAAUCACCACCGCAAAGACCAAAGCUAUAAACGCUUGUAUGGAGUUGCUCGACCGGCUGCAAGGACCAUUAACAUGCAUGCUACCUCUUUACAACGGCAGUGCUCUGCAGACAAUAUCCCGCUACAAGAUCUACACCCACGUCCCAACCACCGGCUCCAUUUCAUACGAAGACCUCUCCUCAAAAUGCGGAAUCCACGUCUUCGAACUGAAGCAGGUUAUCCGGUUCGCGAUUGUCUUCCACCGGCUCUUCACCGAGGAGAAGAAGGGAUUUGUCGCACACUCCGCUGGCUCGAGGAUCCUGGCCCAGGACGGGAUUGUCCAAGCGGGAAUCGGCCAGUUUGAUGAGUUCUAUCCGGCAUUUGCCAGGACUGUAGACGCCAUAGACCAGUUCGACGGGCAUGAGCCAAACGAGACGGGGUUCUCCCUUGCGCACAACACAAACCAAGACCUCUUCUCGUAUCUGCGCUCCCACCCCGCCAAAAGCAAGCAGUUCACCGAGGCAAUGAAGUUCUACACGGGUCCUAUACCGGCUUAUUCUCCCAACUUCCUAAUAAAGGGAUAUCCAUGGGAUACACUACCCACGGGCUCUGUUGUCGUCGACCUCGGCGGCGCAGAUGGCCAUGUUGGACAGAUGAUUGCAGAUGCGAACCCGGGACUCUGUGUUAUUGUCCAGGAUUUGGAUACUGUUGUUGAAGCUAAAGCUGGCCCUCACCCCGUCAACAAACGGGGGCAGGUUGAAUUCCUAGCCCACGACUUCUUCACACCCCAGCCCAUAACGGCAGACGUAUAUCUCUUCCGAUGGGUGCUCCAUGACUGGUCGGACGAGUACGUAGUCCGGAUCCUGAGACAGCUGGUGCCGGCGCUGAAGAAGGGCGCGAGGGUUGUUGUGAACGAGAGUCUCUGUCCAGAGAGCGGGUCGCUGCCGCUUGCAAUGGAGAGGUAUAUCCGGUAUAUGGAUAUGAUGAUGCUUGCGUUUACGAAGUCGAGGCUGCGGGAUGAGGAGGAGUGGAGGGGGCUGUUUGCACAGGCGGAUGGGAGAUUUGGGGGUGUGAAGUGUUGGACGCCGGAGGGGGCGGCGUUGGCAAUUAUUGAGGCUACUUGGAUUGGUAAUUAA